CAGGAAACAGGUAAUCUGACAAAUUCAUAUUUGAUUUGUAUAUGAAAUGUAACCAAUUGUUUUAUCUCAAGGCAGAAGCAAAGGUGCAACAAAAUAUCCACCUCAGCAGAAAAUCCUAUGAAGGCAAAGCAUGUACGAAGAUGUGUUACCAAAAGUCAUGGCAAAGUAGUAAUCAAAUGUCUCUCUCAUGCAAGAAAGUUUUGUAUUUCAAGUCAUUUCUCACUAACCAUCAGAAAUUUCAUACAGGGGAGAUGACUGAGUGUAAAACGUGUAAGAAAACUUUAUCAUGGCAAUCACAUCUCACUGUACAUAACAAAAAUUCUGCAAGUGAAAAGCCAUAUGAAUGGCCAGAAUGUGAGAAAGCUUUCUACAGCAAGUCACACCUCACUGUACACCAGAGAAUUCAUACUGGGAAGAAUACCUAUGAAUGUAUAGAAUGUGGGAAAGUGUUUUCAUACAAAUCACAACUCAUUUCACAUCAGAGAAUUCAUACAGGAGAGAAGCUAUAUGGAUGUACAGAAUGUGGGAGAACAUACAGCUUCAAGUCAAUGCUCAGAGUACAACAAAGAACUCAUACAGAUGUGAAGCUGUAUGAAUGUACUGAAUGUGGGAAGUGUUUCUGCCAAAAGUCACACCUCACUGAUCAUCAAAGGACUCAUACAAAAGAGAAGUCUUAUGAAUGUACAGAAUGUGGGAAGGCUUUUUACAACAAGUCACAUCUCAUUCUACAUCAGAUAGUUCAUACAGGGAAAAAUCCCUAUGAAUGUAUAGGAUGUGGGAAAGCAUUCUCUUACAAAUCACAACUCACAUUACAUCAGAGAAUUCACACAGGAGAGAAGCCUUAUGAAUGUAUAGAUUGUGGGAAAGCAUUUCCAUACAAAUCACAACUCAGUUUACAUCAGUCUUCAUACAGGAGAUAAGCCUAUGAAUGUAUAGAAUGUGGGAAAGCAUUUUCAUGCAAAUUACAACUCACUUUACAUCAAAGAACUCUUAUAGGUGUGAAGCCAUAUGACUGUACAGAAUGUGGGAAGUCUUUCUGCUGGAAGUCACACCUCACUGACCACCAGAGGUCUCAUACAGGAGAAAAACAUUAUGAAUGUACAGACUGUGGGAAAGGUUUCUACUUUAAGUCACAUCUCACUGAUCAUCACAGAACUCAUACAGGACAGAAGCCCUUUGAAUGCAUAGAAUGUGGGAAAACAUACUCAUACAAAUCAAAACUCACUGUACAUAUGAGAAUUCACACAGGAGAGAGGCCUUAUGGAUGCACAGAAUGUGGGAAAUCUUUCUAUGAGAAGGCACAACUCAUUGUACAUCGGAGAACUCAUACAGGAGAGAAGCCCUAUGAGUGCACAGAAUGUGGGAAGUCUUUCUACCAAAAGUCAGACCUCACUGUUCAUCACAGAAUUCAUACUGCAGAGAAGCCCUAUCAGUGUACAGAAUGUGGGAAGUCUUUCUGCUGAAAGUCAGACCUCACUAUUCAUAAGAGAAUUCAUUCAGGAGAGAAGCCUUAUGAAUGCCAGAAUGGGAAAUCUUUCUCUCGCAAGUCAUACCUUACUAGACAUCAGACAACUCACAUAAGUGGCAAGUCUUUUGAUGGUAUGCUGGAAAGCUAACUUCCAGAAGUAAAACUUUAUAUCAAAACAUUCAUACAGGCAAGAAGCCUUAUGAAGUCAUAUAAUAGAACAUAACUUUCCAUUCCAAGUCUCCACUCAGGCUGCAUCAAAGAAUUUUCUCCCUGAGACUCACUAAGGAACAUCUCUAAGUUCCCACUGAAAAAGGGAUAUUUAAUUCCACCAAAGUUCCUGCUGGUGAACCAGUGAGUUUAUUAGGCUUAUUGAAUAGUGGGCGAGGGGUUACUGACUAGUGUAUGGGUGACCCUAAACCAGCCACAGAAGAAAGUGUUUGGCCCUGCAUGGAUGCUGGCUUUUCCAUAACUUCCUCUUUUCCUAGUCUUCUCCAGCCUAUAUAAUCUACCUCCUCUAUGGGAGAAUUGCAUAGAGUUACCUGGGAGGAGUGCCUGGAUGGGUAUUCAUAUGUGGGUCUGUUGACCUUCCCUCAGUCUCAAGGCAUAUCUCAUUCAAUGUCAGAUGUUUCAUAGAGGUGAGAAGCCCUGUUAAUGGACAAAGGAUGGAGUCACAUAGCACCCUCAGGAAACUCAUGCGCUUGAGCAUCCCUUUCAAAAUAAAGAAUGUGGAAAAAAGUGUUGGUUUAAAUAAGAAAUGUCCUCAGUAGCCUCAUAUAUUAGAACACUUGUUCCCCAGGACAUGGCACGUUGGUUGCAGGGUUUGAAAUCUUGCUGGAGGAAGUAUGUCACAAGAAGGGGAUGGCUUUGAGGUUUUAUAUCCUCACCACACUUCAUGAUUGCUAUAUUCUUUUGUCUCUGUGUGUGAUAAAAAUUUCAUCUCAAAUUCCUGCUUUUGCCAUGUAUUCUCAAGCCUUCUCCACCAUUAUGGAUUCUAACCCUUUGGAACCAUAGGCAAAAUAAACUUUG